CAGACUUAGAGGGCCACCCCCUGAUGGUGAAGACCUUCCCCUUCCCUCCCUCUGUGUUCGUCGAGGGGGAGGAAGGGGGCAGUUUACAUCCCUUAGGAGGCCAAGACGUGUCCUUCAUCAUAUUGCUGGCUCGCUACCUCAACUUCACGGUGCAGUGGAGACACCCAGGGCCCAGCCUCUGGGGCCGCCUCUACGACAACGGCACCUACACCGGCAUCGUCGGCCAGGUGGGCGUGGGAGACGGGGACAUAGGUGUGGGCAACAUAUUCCUUGACAUACGACGCAUCUACUUCGCCAAGUUCACCUACCCUUACACGUAUGAGCAUGCGUGUUUCAUCACCCCAGUGCCUCGAGAGCUGCCCCGAUGGAUGGCUCUGGGGUCUCCCUUCUCCCUGGUGGUCUGGAGCACCCUGGCGGCCACCCUGGGAGUCGUCACCCUCAUUUACCCGGCCAUCGCCCGCUCUCUUGUCCACCUGCCGGAUCACCCUCAGUUCUACAGCUGGGGCAGGGCGUUGGUGUACACGGUGGGCAUGUUGACGUGUCAGAGCCAGCGAGGACCAGCCACCACCAGGCUCCGGGUACCCACCAUCCUCAUGCUGCUAAUGGGCUUCGUUGUCGGCGUCAGCUUCAGUGGCAACCUCACCGCCUUCAUGACCACCAGGGGUGAUGCUAUGGCAACUGAAGCACUUAUAGGGUGA